CGUUUGAAAACGCAUCAACCACCAGCUAAAAGAUGUGAACCUCAGCUCCACGAUGUAAAAACUGUACAAAUCCCCCAAACAAUGACUGCAGGCCCUUUUCUGAAGCACACAGCGCUAACACCAGCUCAGAAGGAGUAUCUGUACACCGUCGCAGCUUCCUACAGCACGGCACAUGUGCGUGACCUCAUUAACCAGCAUUACAUGAACGUGCUGCACAGGUGUAUCCCAACAGGUCACGACCCUGAGAGAGACGACCUGGUUGUGCCCUCUUCUGUGAACUUACCUGGGACUGAGGGGAGAAGCAAACAUCCAUCAGGAGUGUUUUCACCAACUAAACACAAAGAGAAGAUACAAACAGGAGCAAGGAAUCCUGGGAAAUCCUCUCUUUCAAAUACCCCAAGCAGACAAACAAGAGAUCAUAUGAGACUCAGAGGUCGAGUGAAGCUGUCGCAGAAACAGGAGGAAGAAGAGGAGGAAGAGGAGGAGGAAGAUUCUCUGAGUGAAUGUUUGAGUCCACUCUCUGUGGGAGAACGGGACGAUGACACGUCUUCCGAUUUGUGA